AUGCAGAUCGCCCAGAUGGACCUCUGUCCGUGGACUCUAGUCAUUGUCGCUACAGUACGACUCUACAACAUAUACCUCUACCCGCUGCGAGGGUAUCCCGGUCCGGCCUUCUGGGCAGCUAGUCGUCUUCCCUGGUACUGGUACCAGUUCCACGGGACCCUGAACCAGAGGCUUCUUCACUUGUACCGGCAAUAUAGUCAGACUAUUCGAGUUAUCCCGAAUGAAUUGUCAUUCACGACUGCCGCUGCCUGGAAGGCUAUCUACGGCUCACGCUUUGAUGAGAUAUCCAAAGACCCGAUAUUCUCUCUGCUAAUACCUACCGGUGCGCCAAAUACGUUCGUCUCUUCGCUGCCCGCGAUAUCCAAAGAGCUCAUUUUAUUCCAAAUGCUCAAGUACUACAAUUUCACCUGGCUAUAUCGUUUCUUCAUGCCGCGACCCGUUUCCGGUGCGUGCGCCCGAAAUAUCAGCCGAGUAGUAGAUACCGUUACCAGACGCAUCGAGCGCCGUAUAAAUCGCAAGGAUUUCCUAAAUUAUAUUCUUGCAGCCAUGCAGGGCGAUAAAGGCAUGACUCGCGACGAAAUCAACGUGAACGCGUUCUCGUUCAGUAUUGCCAGGUCAGAGGCUACAGCUACCGCGCUUGCCGUAUUCGUGUUUUACAUUUGCAUUCAUCCGCGCAUAUAUCGGAUUCUUGUGGCAGAGAUUCGAAGCAGGUUUGAGGAUAAGGGCCAGAUUGGAAUGAGUACUGUUAAUUACCUUUCGUAUUUUAAUGCCGUCUUUACUGAAGUCUUCCGCAUGCAUCUCCCAGUCGCGAUUACCCUUCCUCGUGUAGUUCCUUGUGCGGGCGUCUUCAUUGAUGGCCGAUUCUUUCCGCCAGGUACUUCCGUCGGGGUCAACCAUUUCUCGACAUAUCGUGACCCCUGUAAUUUCUUUCGUCCGGAUAACUUUGUUCCUGAGCGAUAG